AUUUGUGCAACUCUGUGCGACGGCCACACUAGCGCGAACGACAGCGGAGUAAAAAUUUUCGCUCUGCGAUUAUUCGUUAAUUGCUGAAAAAGCAAAUAGAAGAAAUUAGAACAUAAUACACGCCAUGGCCUGCAACGCUAGCAAGACGACGCUCCUGCGCGCCAUCGCCAAACGAGGCUAUGCCACCCUCCCCCGUGCCGCGGGCGACAUCUCCCCCGUGAGCGUAAAGGUGCUGGAGAACAAACUGGUGGUGGCCACUGCCGACGCCACCGUUCCCGUUUCGCGUGUGUCGCUGGUGCUGGGCGCUGGCUCCCGCAACGAGGCCUACGACACCCAGGGCGCCUCCCACCUGCUUCGCUUGGCCGGUGGUCUAAGCACCCAGAACUCGAGCGCCUUCGCCAUUGCCCGCAACAUCCAGCAGGUAGGCGGCACCUUGACCACCUGGGGCGACCGCGAGGUUGUUGGCUACACGGUGACCACCACCGCAGAUAAUGCUGAAACCGGACUGCGCUACCUGCAGGAUCUGCUGCAGCCUGCCUUCAAGCCCUGGGAGUUGAAGGACAACGCCAAGACUCUGCUUAACCAGCUGGAUGCUGUCUCCACAGAGCAACGCGCAAUUGAGCUCGUCCACAAGGCCGCCUUCCGCAACGGUCUGGGCAACUCGAUCUACUCGCCACGCUUCCAGCUGGGCAAGCUCUCCACCGAGAGCCUGCUGCACUUCGCGGCCCAGAACUUUGCUGCCGGCCGUGCUGCCGUCGUGGGCGUUGGCAUUGACAACAACACUCUGGCUGGCUUCGCCCAGACCCUGCAGUUCCCCAGCGGUGGCGGCAAGGCUGCCUCUGCCAACUGGUACGGUGGAGAUGCCCGCAAGGACACUGCCGGACACAGGGCCGUCGUUGCCGUGGCUGGACAGGGCGGUGCCGCCGGUAACCAAAAGGAGGCUCUGGCCUUCGCCAUCCUGGAGCAGGCUGUUGGUGCCGGCGCUGCCACCAAGCGCGGCAUCUCGGCUGGUCUCUACGGCGAGGCUGUCAACAGCUCUGGAGGCGCGGGUGUCUCUGUUAAGGCUCUGAACUCCAGCUAUUCGGAUGCCGGUAUCUUUGGCUUUGUGGUGUCCGCCGAUGCCAAGGAUGUUGGCAAGACUGUGGAGUUCCUGGUGCGCGGCCUCAAGUCGGCCUCGGUGUCCGACCAGGAUGUGGCUCGUGGCAAGGCUCUGCUGAAGGCGCGCAUCAUUUCGAAGUACUCGUCGGACGGUGGUCUGAUAAAGGAGAUCGGUCGCCAGGCGGCGCUCUCCAGGAACGUCCAGGAGGCCGAUGCCCUGAUCAGUGCCAUCGAUGGCAUCUCGCAGUCAGAGGUCCAGGCGGCAGCCCGGAAGGUGGGAGGCUCCAAGCUGGCGGUCGGCGCUAUCGGUCACCUGGCCGGCGUGCCCUACGCCUCCGAUCUGGCUUAAGUAGAUAAAGAAACACCUGUACAUCUGUUAACCGUAAUGUAACGACACAAAAAUAAAACCUGUUGCAAGGAACGAUCCGCGAACUUA